UAUUUUUUUUCAUCUUCUGUUUUGGAGACGAGGAGAUGGUGUCGAUGGACUCCUCACAGGGAAUUCAAAUGAAUACACCUUCAGAUGAGCUCUCAGAAUUGGGCAAGUGCCUUCUCCAGAAUGAGGAUAUAUAUAUGACUCUCCUGACCAUAUGUUUUAACUCCCUUUCCUGGAAAGACACUAUAAACUGUCAACGGUGUGCUAGUAUGCUUUGCUGGACUUUGCUAAAACAGGUGCUUGGCUGUAACCUUCUCCCGGAUGCUGUGACAUGGCUCUACACCAGUGUACUGAAGGGUCUGCAGAUGCAUGGCCAACAUGAAGGCUGCAAUGCUGCACUAACUCAGCUGGCCUUGCUCAUCUACGAGUCUCUAAGGCCUCGAUACACUGAGCUGCGUUUCAUCAUGAAUCAGAUCCCUGAUAUCCAUGUUGAGGCCCUGGAGCAGUUUGAUCAGAAGACCAUACAAUCCACUGUAUCAAAGGCAGGAGAGAAGAAAAAGAAGGAGCAGUUUAAAAGGCUCAUUGCAGGCACUGUUGGGAAACCCCUUGGACAGCAGUUUAAGAAGGAAGUACAUAUCCGAAACCUUCCAUCUCUAUUUAAGAAGCCAAAGCCUACGAGAGAUAUGCUGGAGAACACUGAUACUGCAGGAGUACCUUGUAAAAAGGUGUUACCAGCGACCUGCAUGUGCCAGAGGUGUAUAAGGACUUUGACAGCACUGUCCCUUUAUUGACCACAAUGGCGAUGUCCAGUGAUGAUUCGUUGGUGGAUUCUGCUUUUGGUAAAGUUCAGGCUGGGAGUGUUCUGUCAUACCAACAGCCAGCAGCAACAACACGUAACAUUACUCCACAUCAAGAUGUCCCACCACAACCACCUCUGCCACUAGAUGGUUACAACCUUGACCCAUCUGUGUGCUUAUAGUACAUAGUAAACAUGAAAUACUACACAUGAAGUCACUUGCUGUAACUCUGGUAACACCACACACGAUUAAGCAUGCCACCAAAGACCAGAGUGCAUCGAUAGAUUAGCACUCCAUUAGAAAGCAACAAGUAACAUCAUCCUGAUUUAAACAUGUUUGCCAUAAAUGGGGCAGAGCUCUGCUAAACACUUUGCUGAAAGUAUCUACUAAUAGUACUCACCAGACAGCACUUGAACUGGAAUCUGCAGUGGUGGAGGAAUGCUGUCUACUCCAUGGAGCAUUUUAUGUGCCCAAAUGUAAAAUGUUAUGUUGACUGCCCUUAAAGGGAUACUCCGUCCCAAAAUGAAAAUUUUGUCAUUAUUCACUUU